UAGGGGCUGGACGACGGACCGCAGCGGACACCCACUGCUCAGUCACCCAGCGGACUUAGCGGUGUUGAGAGAGCCGUGUGCCGCGCGCCGCCCGGAAUCGCCUCCUCAGUCCACCUCUGGCACUGAGACCAGUCGGAGGCACAGCGGGGGUUGCUGCUCGCUCUCUCUCUCUCUCUCUCUCGUCGUCCGUCGGAGGCGCGCUUGUGUGUGUAUAUUAUGUGUACGGUCUGCUGCUGCUACUGCUGUUCCUGCUUCUACUUCUGCUGGUCCUGUCUGAGCCAGGACACACUAGGACCUUAUUAGCAGACACCUUUGGACCUUACCUGCUACAGCGGCUACCCGAAUAAAUUCAUUGGGACUUUAUUUUUGUUUUUUAAACAGAAGUUUGUGCGAGUGGUAUAUGGUCCUUCGUCGACUGUCCUUUGGACUUAGCCGCUCUCGCUCGUGUCAACAGCAAUGAAAAAGCUAAACUCUCUCUGCCAUGGGAUUACAACUACAUGACGAAUGACGCACAAUGAAUUGUGAAUGGUGAAGGUUUUUUUUUUUAAGUUUGUUGUUUUAUUCUUGUUAUGGUUUCAUUUUGUUUUGCGUUAGUUUUUCCCUGAAGGAAAUCUGUGGAAACGGUGGUCAAAGUGAAGACACUCAAAAAAAGAAAAAAAGCUUCGGAAAAGCUUCAGAAAGAAAUAGAUAAGAGAGAGAGAGAAAAAAAUAAUUAUAAUCCAUCCUGGAAUUCGUGUUGUGAAAAUCAGGAAGACGAGAAAUGCAAAGGAGAAGAGGCGGGGGAGAAGGAGAGGAGAUAGAAAUAUAAAUGAGAGACAGUGACGGACAAUCAGUGACUCAAGCCACUACGAAGUGAGUGAGACACGCAAGAGAAAAUAAGAAUUACGAAGAAAUGUUGGAUUAGUCUCGCAGACGAAGAACAAGAGAAUUACGAGAGACGCGGAAAAUCAAGCUAAAAAUUUCGCCGAAGAGUGAAGAAAGUCUCGGAAUCAAACAACUGGGAAAUCGAAGACUGAAUAUAUAUAGACACCAGCUGUCAUCAAGCAUCAAUAAAUUACCUUCAUCAGUCUCACCGUGUUCCUUCUUCCCACCUUCCUCCGCUCUCACUCUCUCUCUCUAUCUCUGCCCCCUCCCACUCUCUCUCUCUCUCUCUCUUCAUCCGAUAAUAUUUAUCAGAUCUUUGCGCGUCCCGAGCUGACCCUCCCAAUCCUUCUGUAUGAGACUCCGCAGUCCUGAUUCGGAUAAGAUGGAAGUACUGUAUCCGGGAAAUCUGGCUCUGCUGAGCAUGUUUCUCAAGAAUCCUGAACACGAGAAGGACGAGAUCAAAAAAGAACACCGAAAGAAAGACGGCCCGACAGAAUGCGCGGACGUCCUGACGUGCGGCGUAUGCCAGAAGGACUUCCUGCUGGCCGACAUCCUUCGGUUCAUCCAACACAAGGUUCAUAACUGCCAGGCGCCCACGCAGAACUGCGGCGACUCGGACGCCCACCACCACCACCACCACCACCACCACACGGGAGGCGUCGUCGAUGCCGAGGACUCGCCCCGGUCGGCCGCCGCCGCCGCGCCCGCGAGCGGCAAAAACGCCUCCCGCGACCACAACGGCGACGCCGCCGUCGGCGGCAACAACGAGUCCUCCUCCAGCCCUUCGAGUCCGAACUACGACGUCAAGGAGGAGGGGGAGGAGGGGGAGGACCCCAAGGCCGCUGACGACAAACGCAAGAGAGACGACGACGACGGGGCACCGGCCAGGAAGAAGCCCCGGAGUACCCAGGACGCCGAGGCCAACACCACCGAUUCAGAACCUGCCCGGUACGUGUGUGGUACGUGUGGAGCAGUGCUCGGAUCAGCGUGGUCACUGGUGCAACAUGUUCAGUCCUCCCACGGCAUCAUCAUAUACCAAGAGGCGUCCGGUGCCUCGUCUUUCACGACACCCACCACGCCUCCAGGCCCACCAAGACCAUCGCAUUCUUCGCCUUUGGCUUCAGUCUCAUCCACUGCAACGACUUCGACAGGCCCACACCCACCUCCUUUGCAACUGCUCGACCCAUCCAAGGUUGACCUCACAAAGGUGGACAUCACAAAGGUUGACCUCUCCAAAGUGGAUCUCAGCAAAAUCGUUCCUCCGGUAACUUCAGGUGCAACACCCUUGCCCCCUCACCCUCCAGUGACAACACCUCUGCUCGACCCAUCCCAUCCCUUCAAUUUACUACGGAUGCCACUAGGGGAUGCUCGCGCCCCCUUCCCACCCGGGCUGACACCACCUUUCGUCAGGCCUGGUCAUGAUUUCCGAAUGGACCAGCUUCUACAAGAAGGUCUUCGUCUGAAUCCUGCUCUGCUACCUCCACACUUUGAAAGGCCGCCCUUUCUUGACCCCGGGCUGGGUGCACCCCGCCAUGCAGCGCCCACGCCCCUAACUUCAGGCGGUGAUCCCAAUCUCGAUUUUUACUCACAGAGACUUCGACAGCUUGCAGGAACCACAAGCCCUACAAGCUCCACUUCACCACGUAAACCACUACCUACGCCCCCAUUCUCUUCUCCAAAUGCACCUACUCCCUCAUCUCUGGCCCCUUCACAAACUCCCACUUCAAGUGACCCAGGACAGACUUCCUUAGACAAGCGAUUCAAGUGUUCAACUUGUAAUAAAGGAUUCAGGUGGGAGAGUAACUUGGCCAUUCACCAAGUCAUUCAUACUGGAGAAAAGGAGAUUCGUUGUCCUAAAUGUGAUGAAAUGUUACCAACGCCACAGCAGCUCCGGAUACAUAUGAAAGCUCACAAGAAAAGCUCAAAUACAGAGAGUGCAUCUCCAGACUCAUCACGCCCUCAGACAGAGGAUGACAACGAUGAGGAAGAAGAUGAAGACGAGGAAGAGGAAGAAGAAGAAAUUGAUGAUGAAGAAGAAAAUCCAUCAGUCUGUGAGAGUGCAGAUGAAGAAGAAGACAUAAUUGAGGAUGACAUUUGUGAUGAUGAACCAGAGGAUCUUUCAACAACUUCAAAAACAACCCCAGUUACCUCAGCACAAAGUGUUUCAUCAAGUAACUGUGACAGCUACAAAGUUAGCAAAGCUGAUCAGCAAAAGUCUGUUGUAGGUGAACUGAUGGACAAAUUUGGCCUGGCAAAUAUAUCUGCAUACAGUGAAGCUUACCACCAAGCUCUGAAAGAAUCAGGCCGCAUAUCUCACCAUCACAUUGGAAAGGAUGGAGAAAAACUUCAUACAAAUGGGAUUGAGAAGACCAUAAAACUUAGAGAAGAUUUAAGCAAGGGUCUUCUGGCUACACAACCUAAUCUUGAUCUCGCACAUCAAACCCUACUUGGUGCAUUCGAUCAUCCAUAUGAUGCCCAGAAGCGAUUAGUAGGAGCCCCAAGGGAUGGCAGUCUUUACGCAGGUCUUUGGCUCCCAAGUUUAACUGGGUCAGGAACGACACCCAGGGAUUUAUUCCCCGGACUUCCUACAACAGAAAAUAACUUCUUGCACCGAAAACUUCUGAGCGACAGCUCUUUAAAAGCAACUGACACUCCUGUUAGUCUACCUAAGCCAGGUACAAGUUCUGCACCUGGAACUCCCCUUUCCUUAGCUCCACCAACAAAGAGAGAGGGCAAGAGGAAUGAUACCUGCGAAUUUUGUGGAAAAGUGUUCAAAAAUUGUUCAAAUUUAACUGUUCAUCGUCGAUCGCAUACAGGUGAAAAACCAUACAAGUGUGACCUUUGCAGUUAUGCUUGUGCCCAGAGUUCAAAACUGACAAGGCACAUGAAAACUCACGGCCGUCACGGCAAGGAUGUGUACCGCUGCCGAUUUUGCGAUAUGCCCUUCAGUGUUGCCUCAACUCUUGAAAAGCACAUGAGAAAAUGUGUUGUGAAUCAAAAUAAAAAAGGGUUGUUUCCUCCUUUAACUGCAGGAGGCCACGAAGGCCUUGAUUACAAGGGCCUACAUUUUACUCCCGUUAUCAGUGAUGAUUCCUCCAAGUCUGGUAGCAUAUUCUCUCCUCAUUUUAAUGUUACUCCUGCUGCAAACCCCUCCAAUGAGGACACAGGCGAUUCAUCUAACUUGUCAGGCGUCGGAUCUUGAGAUUGGGCCCCCAUCGUCACGCCCCAGCUGCCACCGCCUGGGGCUCAGGGCCUCCCUCCUCCUGCACUGGGGUUUCCCAGGACGGCCACUCAUCCAUGGGUCUCCUCAGGCUGCCCUCCACCUCCGCUGUUGUUGAGAGGGGUAUCUGGCCCUCUUGACCCAACAGUACCACCUUGGCCAUCUUCCAUGUCAAUACAUGGUCCUGGGACGCCGCCACGAGCACCAGCGCCACCUACCUGACCCCCGGUGGCAGAUGCAGUGGCAGCAGCAGCAGCAGCAGGGCGAGUGGUGUAGCCCUCACAUUCCCACACCUCGCGUCAUGUGACUUCCCAGUGAACAGUACCCCUCUUGAGCCCACAGGGUAUGGGUACUUUGACAUGCUAGUCCUGUGUGUUGUACGGUGGUGAGAGCAGCAGCAGCAGCAGCGGUAGCCACAAGGAGCAGCACGCGGACACUCGGCCCAUUGUUCCUAUUGAUGUUAUGUGUUGUGUAUUGUAUGUUGUCUUACCUUAACUGGUCACAAGAGUGGCAGAAGGGUGCCACAUCCGAACUAUAGUGCCACGUUAGAGCUACCAACAGCCGAGUCGUGAUCCCCUGAGUUUGAGCAGAAAAAAUAGCAGAAAUAGACUUGAAUAUUUAUGAUCAACCAAAUUGUGUUUCUUGGAAAGAGACCCAUAAAAGUGUUACUGAAUGAAAAAGGGAAAAUGCUAAGUUAUUGAUUUCUCCCCGAAUGUAUCUUUUUUUGCUCAACGCUCUUGUGAUUUGAUGUAGGUCUUCCCUUUAUCCUAUUUCUCUUUAUUUGAUGUACUGGAAAUAGAGACUGAGUGGGGAGAACAUCUCCUUGAUCUCCUUGUUAGUUCUGUUUUAUCUAUGAAUUCAAAAUGUUUUGAGGUUUAAGUUAACAGCAAUGGAAAGUUUAGCCAGAUUGUUAAUUUUUAUUGGUUAGUCAGAAACAAAACAAAAAAAGUUUUUCAAGCUAUUUGGUGCAAAGAUGGCUAUACCCUUUUACCUCAGGGACGUGAAUUUUGUGCUUGCAGACGGUUUCUGCUGCAAAAAAAGGUUAUAAUAAUCAAAUGGUAUCCAGUGUUUUGCUUCAAGAUAGAUGAAGAUUGGACAAUAGUGAAAAUGAUUUUUUUUACGAUUUGACUAGGAGAGCAUAAAAAUAUAGUAAGAUAUUUUUUUUUUAUUUGAGGAGUUGACUUGCUGAAUUGUUACUUUUGUUAAGUUCUCAUCUUUUUUGGCAAUCUGUCUGUUUACUAAGCUUACUUUGAUUUUUCCUUAUGCCAAGGAUAUUGCUUGUUUUAAUGAGAGAAUGGGAUUUUCUCAAGACGUGGAAACAAGGAAAUGUUUCUCUUAAGUAUAUAGUCAUUAGAGGCUAAAAUCAUAAGAUAUAAUGACUCGUUCUCUGGCGCGUCAUAGAUCUGAUUCUGAACUUCACCAGUCGAAGACUGUGAACAAGGACAGUGAAAUCAUUGCGAACGCACAACAGCAGAGGCUUCCACCCAGUUCUCAAACGCCCUUUCCUUGCCAGUGAUAAAGUUCCUUAAUCAGUUAUUAUUACUAUGAUUAUCUUGCAAAUUAUUGGUUCUUUCUUCUAGGGAAACCUGUUAGUUUCAGCGUAAUCAAAAUCGGUACGUAAGGCUUGAGUUGUAAGUUAUUCCAGUUACCAAAGCGACCUUAAUUGUAUAGACGAUGUUUUUAUGACCUUCAUAUUUCAAACGUCCCAUAUUUCCUCAGGAUUUGAAACAACCCCCCCCCCCCAACCCAACCCC